AUGGCAGACACCAAGUACGAAGACGCUGAGCAGCACGAGUAUAUGGAACCCGCUCCCACCAUGACGGCUGCCCGCUAUGUGGCAACGCGUAUUCCGACACUCAAGCCCGCGCACGACAAGGUUGCAAAUCCCAUCGCCCUGCUUCGCAUGCUCAACGUCCAGCAAUGGCUAUUCUUUCUUGUUGCCUUCUUCGCUUGGACGUGGGAUGCCUUUGACUUUUUCACCGUUUCCCUUACCAUUGAAAACCUCGCCGAGACGUUUGGCAAGACCCAAGCCGACAUCACGUGGGGCAUUACGCUAGUCCUUAUGCUGAGAAGCGUGGGCAGCAUCAUCUUCGGCUUGGCUGCUGAUCGCUAUGGAAGGAAGUGGCCGUUUGUUAUCAACAACCUCUUGUUCAUUAUCCUUGAACUUGGCACGGGCUUUUGUUCGACGUACAAGGAAUUCCUGGGCGUACGCGCCUUGUUUGGAAUUGCUAUGGGUGGAUUGUAUGGUAACGCCGCUGCAACUGCUCUCGAAGACUGUCCUGAACAAGCUCGUGGACUCAUGUCUGGUAUCCUGCAGCAAGGCUACGCAUUCGGUUAUCUACUUGCCACAGUCUUUGCACGUGCCUUUGUUGAUACCGUCGGUCAUGGGUGGCGCCCUCUGUUCUGGUUCGGUGCGGGGCCUCCGGUUCUUAUCAUCAUCUUCCGUCUGUGCCUUCCAGAGACGAACGCCUAUCGCGAACGUCAGCGUAUCCGCGAAGAACAACCCAGUGCGGCCAAGACGUUUGUUGACGAGGGCAAGGUGGCCCUCAAGAGGCACUGGCUGCUACUCGUCUAUCUUGUGCUCCUCAUGGCCGGCUUUAAUUUCAUGUCCCAUGGCAGCCAGGAUCUUUACCCGACCAUGUUGAAGAACCAAUACAACUUCUCAGCAAACCAGGUGACCGUCACCCAAGUCGUAGCCAACCUAGGGGCUAUGACUGGCGGCACACUUGUCGGAUACUGUUCGUCCAUUUUCGGCCGUCGCAUCAGUAUCAUUGUCAUGUGCUUCCUCGGCGGGGCGCUGCUCUAUCCCUAUACCUUCACCUCGAGUGAUGCUGUCAUUGCCGCAGCCUUUUUCCAGCAAUUCUGCGUCCAAGGCGCGUGGGGGGUCAUCCCAAUCCAUCUCAUGGAACUUUCGCCGGGCUCCUUCCGCACGUUUGUCGUGGGAACUAGUUACCAGCUUGGCAAUCUCGCUUCCUCUGCUUCAUCUACCAUUGAAGCAACGAUUGGUGAGAAGUUCCCUCUGCCACCAAAGGGCAAAGUCUCGCGGUACAAAUACGGACUGGUCAUCUGUAUCUUCAUGGGGUGUGUGUAUGCAUAUGUUAUUUUGCUGACCGCAAUUGGGCCCGAGUAUAGGGGCAAGGACUUUGAUGCUGCCGCGGAUGAGGAUUUGGCGAUUGCUACCGGUGCAGAUGCGGGCAAGUAUGAGACCAAAAAGCAGGUGGAGGAUCUGGAAUCGAGGCCGGAUGCGUGA